CUGUAUCUCUCUAAUAUAUAGUUCACUGCUUAGGUAUCUCUCUCUGUCUAUAUCUCUCCCGGAACAAAUCUUCCUGGUCGUGUUUGUGGCCGGUUACGUAUCUUCGGAAGUUUUUACAGCCAAAGCAGAGAGGAUCAUGAAGUGGUCGCCGUGGGUGGCAACUGGGGGGAUGAAGAAGUUGCAGGUGAAGGUAAGCCAGUUGAAGCUCCAAGUCUUAUGUAAAGAAGAGGUAGAAGAUGCAGCUCAUAUGAUUGGGGAUAAGAUUGUGAUGAUUGAGAUCAAAUGGAGAUCAGGGCCUAAGGCUGGAGUACUAGCUCCAUUUUAUCGGAUGUCGACGUGCCAGAGGAAUUAUACCGGGCACCGAUCGUUAAGGAAAUUAUGCGAACCGCUUGAAUGGGACGACGAGUUUGAGAGUGUCCGCAAUUUCUCGAUCUCCAAAGACGGUUCUUUUGGUCCGUGGAAUCUCACUUUUAACGUUUUAUAUAGAGAUGGCGCAGAAUCGAGGACUAAAAUGGCGGUUCUAGGGAAGGUUUCAUUGAACUUGGCGGAAUUAAUGGCUUCGAAGAUGGAGACUCGCAUCAAAAGAAAACUUCCGAUGACUUUACAGGACAGUCGUUUCGCCAUCGAGGCCACUCUAUUGUUAUCCCUGAGCUUUGUCGAGGUCAGAGAUUCCCAUGACUCGCAAAUGACUCGAAGAAUUGGUCCAAACUCGGCUGAGUCUGUCAAAGAAGACUUGUUAUUCGCAAAGGUGAAGGACUUGACAAGUAGCUUUCAGAAUAAGCAGAAGCCUAGAGUGAGUUCCAGUGACUCGGAAGAGUCAGCCGUGUUUGACUCGGAGGGCUCAAGGGAAUCUAUCACCACCAGUUACGGUAGCAACGCGACUUUGAUUUCGGAACUCGAGUUGGAAUCGUUCCCGAAUUCAGAGACCCAGUUAAGCCGGGGUCGGAAAAGAGGGUUUUUCUCGUGGAAGAGAAGGCGGUUGAGUUUUGGACCUGGACAGAGGAAAGGCGAACCGUUGACCCCAAGUGCACCGCGGAAAGCAGAUGCCGUUUUGAGUACUUCAGAAAUAUUAGAUUUUGAAGAUGACAGUUGCAAGACAAGUAACUGGGAAGUGAAGGAAGUGGCGAGCAGAGAUGGGCAAACAAAGCUCAAAACCAAAGUAUACUUUGCUUCCUUCGACCAAAGGAGUGAACAAGCUUCAGGAGAGAGUGCCUGCGCGGCACUUGUUACGGUCAUAGCCCACUGGCUCCACUCACACCAGGACACGCCCACCACAUCCCAAUUCGACAGCCUUAUCAUUGAAGGUUCCUCUGAGUGGCGAAACCUUUGCAACAAUGAAACCUACAUCAGAUCAUUCCCCGACAAACAUUUCGAUCUUGACACAGUCUUAGAAGCUAAUCUUAGGCCCCUUUCUGUCUUGCCCGACAAGUCUUUUAUCGGGUUCUUUUGCCCCGAGAAGUUUGAGUUCUUGAAGGAAGCGAUGUCGUUCGGUGAAAUUUGGAAGAAGAUCAAUAGGAAAGCUGAAUUAGAUAAUGAGCCGAGUGUAUACAUUGUGAGUUGGAACGAUCAUUUCUUCGUGUUGAAAGUAGAAGCCGAUGCGUAUUACAUCAUUGACUCGUUGGGGGAGCGGCUCUUUGAGGGCUGCAAUCAAGCAUACAUAUUGAAGUUUGACCGUUCAAGCUUGAUGUAUGAAACGAGAGGGAAAGAAAAGGUUGGCUCUGAGGAAAUGGGCGGGGGAGGAAGCGGUGACCAUAAGGGGGAAAGUGAUCAAAAGAUUAUAUGCAGGGGCAAAGAGUGUUGUAAAGAGUUUGUUAAGAGAUUUCUAGCUGCUAUAACACUUCGGGAACUUGAGGAGGAAAAGGAAAAGAGUGCAGUUUCCAACUACCCUCUUCACCAGAGAUUGCAGAUCGAGUUCCAUCUUUGCUCUUCUCCGUCUUCUUCAGCGACUUCUUCCACAUCCUCACUCUUCUCGAGCAAGUAGCAGAAUGGCAUCAGUUAGGCACCAAUCUGUUAACACUGUUGGAUUAGAUAGCUGUUUAAAUACUGAAAUAGCAGUGUUUUUUUUUGGCA